AUGUUUUUAUUAUGGCAAUGCGUUUUACAGACUGGUAACAUCUCCACUCAUGCAACUGAACGUCGAACGAAGAACUUGUUCUUGCAAAGUUUAUAUGAGGAAGAACAGAAAAGAUUGGGGAUGGAGAAUGGUGUUAAUGGUGGGAAGAAUGAUUCUGAGGGUGAAAUUCAAGAUAAGGACAUUGUAGAAUGUCUACAAGAUGGUGUUCAAAAUUGGACAGACUUUUCAAAAGUCCACUAUCAUCCCCGGAGUUUGUAUGAAUUAACUGGACUAGGAAUGGACAUUGGGGAAUUCGAGAGUUAUGGAAUUGGAAGGGAUGCCUUCUCUGAGGCUUUACGAGGAGAAGAAAUAAAUGAGAGGCUUCGUUUUUUCAUGGAAGAGUGUGACCAUAUUCAGGGAAUUCAAUUUAUGGUUGAUGACUCUGGAGGAUUUUCUGGUGUGGCUGCAGAAUUUUUGGAGAAUAUUGUGGAUGAGUACACAAACGUUCCAAUGUUGCUCUAUACGGUCCGGAGCCCUGGCUCUUACAUUAACCUCACAAGCCGGAAGCAGACAAUCUCUCACUCUCUUCAUGAUGCAAUUUCAUUUGCAAAAUUGUCAUCCUUGUGUAAAUUGAUCGUGCCUAUUGGUUUACCCUCCCCGAGUAAAAGUAAGUAGUGUUAAUUUGUGGGAAAGGUCCUUUUUAUAACCACCUCUUGUUUUCUGAUUACCGGAUUAAAUUUGAAUUGUUUCUAAGAAAUUUGAUUUCCUAAUUGUAAAUGAAAUUUGGUUGAUCAACCAAGCAAGAUGCAUUUUGUGUUUUAGUGAGAAUGUACCUUUAUGUUAUGUUGCUAAAUAUCUCAAUAUUAGUUUGCUUGAACCAAAAUCACUGGAUAUGCUAUGUUCAUGUUAUGCUGGAGAUUAUUCUUAGAUCAAAUUCUCCCCCCCCCC